GUGCAAAUGUAUUCACACACUGUCGUAUUAUUGUUGACUAUUUUUCUUUUUUUCGGUCCAUGCUUAAGGUAUCUUGUAGAUGCUGAAAUUUAUGGGUUAUCUCGGCCACUGUACCACAAAAUGAAGUUUUCAAUUUUCAUUGAUCGGCAGUAUGCAAUUAAUUUUAUUGGGUUGUUAACUCCCGGAUUUUGGGGGUUUCGGGGACGUUUUAUCAUGAUUUACUUCUACUAAUUCCACGUGCCUGCAUUUAGCCUAUCUACGUUCAGAGCAUUAGUCCAAGGUCGCGUUCGUUUCGCCCGGGUUACUAUUAUUUUCGCGAACUAUUGUCUUCGGUUGUGCACUGUGAUGUCCUCUGUUCAAACUGAAGACAUUAUUGGCCAGACAAAGUCUGUUAUGAUCGCACUUGAGUCUUUAAAGACUCAGCAAGAAAAAUUAAUUAAUGAUUAUGAGUUCCUUCUCACGGAAGGACGACAGGACGAUGAACAAUACCUCUACGCUAAAGAAGCAACCAGCCCGCUAGGUGUUAUCGUCCAACGCAUCCGCGGCGGAUUGAAUGACGCUGAUAUUCUUGUAAAAUUGUACGAAUACAUUCAAUUGGUGGAUGCCGAGAAGCAGAAGCUGCGGUACCAGGCUCGUAGGCUUUUUCAGGAAAACUCGUGGUUACGCGAAGAGCUGACGAGUACUCAGCUUUCACGUCGGGAAUGUGAACAGAAAGUUGUUGCUUUGGAAGAACUCGUGAAGCAGCUAGAAUUGUCAGCCGAAUUGCGCAAGUACGACCCCAAUGAGCCUGCCGAUUCCUCGGGGAUUGGAGAUGGAGAUGGCGCUAAUUCGAAGAUGCAGGUUGACUUGGGUUAUCCAGGUGAAGAUAAAGAUUACGGGGAUCAUGAUGGUAUGUCACAGAGUCAAACCGUUUCUAUGUCUCAAGCCGCAAGUACAUACGAAAUCCCAAAUCGUCUCCGAACCCUGCACAACCUUGUCAUUCAAUACGCCAACGAGGGGCGUUAUGAGGUCGCUGUCCCGUUGUGCAAGCAAGCACUCGAAGAUCUCGAGAAAACCAGUGGCCGAGAUCAUCCCGAUGUGGCCACUAUGUUAAAUAUCCUAGCCUUGGUCUAUCGAGAUCAACAGAAAUACCGUGAAGCAGCAAGCUUGCUAAACGAUGCGUUAACAAUACGAGAGCGAACAUUGGGACCGGAACAUCCAGCUGUUGCUGCGACACUUAACAAUCUGGCCGUGCUAUAUGGCAAACGCGGGAAAUACAAAGAAGCCGAGCCUUUGUGCAAACGCGCACUGUUAAUUCGGGAAUCGGUCCUCGGCCAAGACCAUCCGGAUGUCGCUAAACAGUUAAAUAAUCUGGCUUUACUUUGCCAGAAUCAGGGCAAGUACGAGGAGGUUGAAAUGUACUAUCAGCGUGCUUUGGAGAUCUAUCUUCACACCCUGGGUCCCGAUGACACAAACGUGGUGAAAACGAAGAACAAUUUGGCCUCUGCCUAUCUGAAACAAGGCAAGUACGCAGAAGCGGAGGAGCUGUACAAACAGGUACUCACACGUGCACACGAAAAAGAGUUUGGAGAGAUUUCCGCCUCCAAUAAGCCCAUCUGGAUGUUGGCAGAGGACCGUCAACUUGGCUUGGCGUACAACAAUGAUGCCGUACAGCCCCUCGCAUUACACUUACCCAGGCAAGAAAAUACCACUGUUGUUACAACACUUCGCAACUUGGCUGCCCUGUAUCGUCGGCAGGGGAAAUUCGACGCCGCGGACACGGUUGAGGAGUGUGUCGACCGGACAUCAAAAGCAUCCAAUUCGUUUCCUCGACAUCCUGACAAGGGUCAGUUCGAUGGGCCCCGGAAGUUCUGAGUCAUUUCGCUUUCUCGAGUCAUCUCGUGGAACUUUCUCAGUUGGUGCAACAGACCACCUUUGAACUACAAACCCAUAACUCUGUGGUGACAAAUGGCUGAGGAGAAGUUUCGAAAUGUUUUCUUGACAUCGCUCACUCUCAGCCUAGUUCCGGUGUAUUAUAAUUGGUUCAGAUAUCCUCUUCGUCCGCAUUCUGAUGUAUCUCAGAAUUCGUUUCUUUUUGGCACCGGUUUUUUUCGUUUCCCACCCCCAUUUGCUUGCAUAAAAUGGAGUCUCCGAGAAUUGAGCAUCCACAUGUCAUCUUCAAUUAUCCCUUUUAUCAUGUAUUCAUUUGGCUGUGAUCUUAUUGUGCUGAACUGUCAAAUGCUGAUCGGGUUUUUCCGUUCCUAGUGACCAUUUUUCUGAAUUUGUUCGGGACACUAUUUUUCCUCAAGUGUCACACAUAUUCAGCCAUAAAAAUAUAUAAUCUGCCUUCUAUC